GGUUAUAGUAAGUAUAGUGCAUUUAUAAUUGGUAAAUUCUGUUCCGUUGCUUAGCUCUGCAUAGGAAAUAAAGUAGCAGUGGAAAUGGCUUCUCAAUCAGAAGAGUGAGAGACAAGACAUGCAGAGGAUUGAAGUUCAAGGAAAGAGCAAAAGGAAACUGUAAGAGGGAGCUAGUUACAAUGCCGAUGAACUGAUGUCUCAGCAAGCAAUUGAGAUAUUGGAUUACCAAGCGAAAAGCCUAAAACGAGAGUGGGAAAUUUAGGCUGCAACAGAAGGUAGCGCUCUGGCUUUGAAGAAAAGGAGGAAGAGGGUAAGACGGGGAAUGCAGGGGAUUUAUGCCGAGGAAAACAGAGCACUUUUACUUUUACUAAAUUGCUCAUAGCAAAGUCGAUGAAUCAUCGGAUGAGGGCUGGUUUGCGCGGCGCAGGGCGAUGAGAAGGCGCGUUUGUGCAAUCAGCUUGUCGUGCGUGGUACUUGUUGUUGUCGUUGUUUCUGCUGUGGUGGGAACUCAUUUGAGUAAGAGUGGGAAGAGUGAUGGUAAUGAUGGAAACAGAGAUCAGCCACAGGGCGUGGCUUCGAUUAAGGCCGCGUGUGGCCUGACAUUGUAUCCAGAUUCUUGUUAUCGUAGUCUGGCACCGUUGCUGAAUUCAAGCCGCGGGGAGAUAGUGCAGCCUGAAGUGCUUUUUAAGGCGUCGUUGGCAGUGGCUAUUGGGGAAAUUACGAAAGCAGCAAAGUACUUUGGGGAGAAUGGUGGACUGAAAGGAGUUUUUGGUGGUAAUCAGAGUGAAGUUGCUGCAGCAGUGGAGAAUUGUCGCGAGCUUCUGGAUCUAGCGACAGAUCAUCUGAAUCUGUCUGUUCUGAGUGACAAAUUAACGUCGUCAGAUGCAGUUGAGGAUAUUUUAACAUGGUUAAGCGCGGCUGGGACUUAUCAAGAGACUUGCAUAGAUGGCUUUGCCAAUACAAGUUUAAGGCUUAAUGUGUUGCAAUACCUUAAAGACUCGAAUGAGUUCACAAGCAACAGUCUGGCAAUCAUCAAGCAAGUAUCAAAUGCUGCGAAGUCACUGAACUUACGAAGAAAAUUGUUGACAGCUACAGAUGGUACGGACAUGCCACAUUGGUUAUCCUUCAAAGACAGGAAACUACUUCAGAGUAGCAAAAGCUACCCCAUUAAAUACGACGUUGUGGUGGCCAAAGACGGAACAGGGCAAUAUAAGACAAUUGGAGCUGCUCUCAAGGCGGUUCCUGACAAAAGCAAAAAGAGGUUUACAAUCUUUGUGAAAAAGGGGGUGUAUUAUGAAAAUGUCAGGGUUGAGAAGGCGAAAUGGAACGUUAUGAUGAUUGGCGAUGGAAUGGACAAAACUGUUGUUUCUGGCAGUUUGAAUGUUGUCGAUGGAACUCCAACAUUUUCUACAGCAACAUUUGCUGCAUUUGGACAAGGCUUCGUUGCUCGUGACAUGGGUUUUCGCAACACAGCUGGUCCAAUCAAGCAUCAAGCUGUGGCACUGAUGUCAAAUUCUGAUCGUUCAGUGUUCUAUCGCUGUCGGUUUGAUGCAUUUCAAGACACUCUUUAUGCUCACGCCAAUCGCCAAUUCUAUCGUGAGUGUGACAUCUAUGGUACAGUAGAUUUCAUUUUCGGAAACUCUGCUGUUAUAUUUCAAAACUGCAGCAUUUUACCAAGGAUGCCAAUGAAUGGACAACAGAACACAAUUACUGCUCAAGGGAAAAUCGAUCCGAAUCAAAACACUGGAAUUUCCAUCCAAAAUUGUAAGAUUUAUCCAUUAGGGAACUUGGGUUCAGUACGAACUUUCCUAGGCCGGCCUUGGAAAAAUUACUCGACGACAAUAGUAAUGAACACGAUGAUCGAGAGCUUGAUUGAUCCCAAGGGAUGGUUACCAUGGACCGGAACAAGUGCACCUGACACCAUAUUUUACGCAGAGUAUCAGAAUUAUGGACCAGGAUCUUCAACAAAAUACAGAGUUAAAUGGAAGGGACUGAGGAGCAUCACAUGGUCACAAGCUAGCAAAUUUACUGUUGACUCAUUUAUAUAUGGAUCACAGUGGAUUAAAGAUGCAGGUGUUGCUUAUAAACCGGGCCUCUAGGGGAAUGCUAGAGCUUUGGAUUGUGGAUUGUUUUGUAAUACUUGUAAUUUUUGUUAUUCUAAAUUAUAUGAUUUUUAUUAACAUUAUAUGGAACUUCCUAUUUUUUUUUUU